AUGGCGUCUGUCUUCCUCCUUUCAGAGUCUCCCUGCGGCGGCCGAGAACGCCGGCCCCGCCCGCCACCCCCCUCCCUGCGCCCCGCCGCGCCGCCGAUGGAGGAGGAGGUGCGAAUGGUGCGGCCAGCCCGCCGCGGGCGAUCGGGGCUGCCCGGUGCCCGCAAACCGGGAGGACUCCGUGGGACCCGGCGACGGGGAGAGUGCCACAGCCCCGGGGAGAUGGCGCCCGCACGCCUUCGGCCCCCUCCUCCCCCCAGGACUCGCCGAGCCCCAGCGCAGCCAACUGCGCUGGCGCGGGGCUCGGCGGCGCCAUUUCGUGCUGGAGUGGAGCGGCCUCUAGGACGAGCCGGAGGAGCCUGCCUGCCGACCGAGCCUCCGGGGGCCGUCCGUGCAAUCCACGUCCAUCCGCCUGGAAAUGGGCUCCGUCUCCGCCCACGGCCGGCCCCGGCGGGCAGUGCAGACCCCAUAGGAGCCCCUGCAGCCCCCCUUUCCGGCCCCGCCCAGUCCUCGGAGUCCGUCCACCCCUCUACUCCGCCCUCAAGAGGAUUCAAAGAUGGAGGCGGCGGCCCUCUGAAACCCCUUGGGGUCCAUCCGCCGCCAUCGGAGAUCUUGCGCGGUUUUGGCUGCCCUCGGCGGCCGGGGCAGGAAGCGGGGACCCCUGCAGACCGGCGGCGGGCGGAAUUGACGGCGGAGUCCAGGACCGGGCACGGCCGCGGUCUGCAGACGGCGCUCUCCGCGGCUCGCCGGCCGGCAGAGGCCGCCGCCAUUUUCCUGCUGCCGCCGCCCGCGGAGCGCGCCAAGCUGCCGGAGUCGUGCGGAGGGCGGCGCAGGAGACCGCGUUCGCGCCGGCCCGCAGCGCGGCUGCCGUCUGGAGGGCCGCGGGCAGCGGCCGCACCCCCCCUCCCCGGGUUAUGCUGGGCCCGGCGGUGA